AAGUGUGCCUGAGGAAGAUAUGGAACCAAAAUAUGAGCUUGAGGAAGGCGAGGCGCGCUAUCACGGGCUUGAUGAUACAAGCAUUGACCCUGAUAUAGCACUCUCUUACCUUGAUGAGAAGGUACAAAGUGUUUUGGGCCAUUUUCAGAAAGAUUUUGAAGGAGGAGUUAGUGCUGAAAAUUUGGGAGCAAAAUUUGGUGGGUAUGGCUCAUUUCUUCCCACCUAUCAGCAUUCUCCUUCAGUAUUGUCUCAGCCUAAAUCUCCACCAAGAUUUCAUAGCCACAACAUGCCAGGGUCUCCUAAGCAUUUGAUCACAGAGAAAAAUGGAGUGGCUGUUUCUGGCAAUUCACAUUCAUUACUUGCUGUGAGGGGUGCACCAGAGCAAGUUGCUGAAAAGUGCCUUGCAAAAGAUGAGCCUAAUUACUUGAAUAAGUCAGUCACUUUAACUGAUCAGAGAACACUAAAAGUUCGGAUCAAAGUACAUCCACACAAGACAACACAGAAAAAUGCUGCAAUAUACAGUGGUCUUGGGCUUACUUCUCCUUCAUCAAUGGAAAGUAGUCCUGUGGAAAGUGGUGAUGAAUCUCCUGGCUGCAUUCUUCAGGUGAUGACAUCUUUCCCAGUUGCUAGGGGUCUUCUGCUUUCACCUCUUCAUCAUCAUUUACUCGCCUUGUCAAGAAAUGGAAGUAAGUUGGGAUGUGGUAAGCUUGUUGCUGCUCGAAAGAAUGGGCACAACGAUUCAUCCAUUUCUACUGAUGCUUCAACUUCCAGUUUGGGGAAUGUCAAUGAGCUGAAAGGGAAGAAAGUAAAUUCUAUUUCCCCGAGUGAAAACUUUGUGGAACCAAAGAAUAGGGGUAAUAAAAUUGAUAUUGUCUCCUGUUUGAAGAAAAAGUUAGGAAGUGAGACCUUGGAAAACAAACAGUAUCUCUCUACUGACUUGAAUGCUAAAGAUUUAUCUGAUUUAGGAUGUUGUGAUACUGGUGGAUCACUUAAAGGUGCUAGCUUUGCAUCCAAAGCUGUUAGAGAGUCUGAUGAGGCCAUGUCAUCAAAGAAAAGGGAGCGUACAAACAGUGGCUUGAUUAAUGAUGAGUCCGUUGCAUUGAUUACUGGCCAAGGUGGUAGUAACUUUGAUAAUCGAGAUUCAAAAAGCAACUCAAUGGAGAAAAUAGGUUUUCGUAAGGAUAAUAAGGAACGCGGCGGGAGUAAGGAAGACAGAAUUCGAAUUCUUACUUGUGUUACAGCCAAUUCUGAUAUUUCUGAGGGUAGAAAAGACUCAAAAGGGGCUGCUGAGAAGUUAAAAGAAGUAAAUGUGAAGGCUACAAGUCAUCAACAAGAUAAAUUGAAGAUACUAGACACAAAGAAGAAGACAUCUGAAGGGAAAAAGAAGUCAGUGGGUAGUCAACUUUCUGGAAACUCUGCUUCUAAGCUGUCAGAUAAAAGUGCUGUUAUAAAGAACAAAAAGAAUUCUGGGAAGGAUGUACUAGAAAGGACGUCUGGUCAUAAGUUAAAGGAGUCUAAGUUGGAUGCACAUAGAGAACUGCAAGCAAGUUCUGAUAAAUCAAGGCUGAAAUCUGCUCAUACAAAACUUGACAACCAGUUGAUAUCUGGGAAAAUUAUGAAGGAGACUUCAAUGUAUGGAAUACCUUCCACUAGGGAACCUAUACCGCAUACAGAAGAGGCACCACCAGCUCCUUUUCUUAUUGAGGAGGAUUGGGUCCAAUGUGACAAAUGCCAAAAGUGGCGUCUUCUACCACAGGGUAUGAAACCUGAUCAUUUGCCCUCAAUUUGGAUAUGCAGCAUGCUAAACUGGCUGCCUGGAAUGAACAGCUGUGACUUCAGUGAGGAUGAAACAACUGGAGCUCUUAAUGCUUUAUAUGUUCCUCUCCCUCAGAAUCCAAAUAACCUUCAAACUUAUGCUGCCAAUGCUUGUGACUUGAGUGGGAAUAGGCAAAAUGCCAGUUACACGGCCAAUCUAGGAAGGAAGAAACAUAAAGUGACGAGAAGUAAAAAUGAUGAAUUACUUGCUGCAACAAACUUUACGAAGAGCAUCCAGGGAGAAAUGGUGAAAGGUAGAACUUUGGUAAAUGUGAACCAGGCUCCAUCGGGAUCAAUUUCAAUGCGCAAAUUCAAUGACAAGGAUUUUAGUGAACAGGGGGAACAUGUAGUUAUUGGUGAUGAAAAGUCUAGAAAGAAAAUAAAAAGAGAGCCCAACUUAUCAGACUAUAAGGAUGUGAAGAAGAAGAUAAAAGCUGAUAGUGAGCUAGCUUCUGGUGUGGACCUUGGUAUGCUGGCCUCAACUAAUGGUUUGCCUACUAAGGUAGCUAUGAAAGAGAAACACAAGAAAAAUGGGUAUUUGAAGGAAACAAAGUCUAAUGUGGGGAGUGGGUUACGGGUCUCUGUGAAAAAGCAGGACCACAUGCAUGAUUCUGUGGAUAAUGGGUCAUUAGAUAUAAAAGCGUGUAACGGAAGGGAACUAUCUACAAAGAAAAGAAAAUUUAAGGACAGUGAUUAUUUGGAGACAUUGCAAAGUAAUGUGGCUCGUCUUGGAGUUAGCAAGGUGUCCAUCAAGGAUGAGAGCAAUGAUGGUGGAUUCAAGAAACAUAAGAAAUGCAAGAUCUCUCAGACUGAAGCAAAGAGUGAGCAAAAGCCAAAGGCAAGAGCUGCAGUGACCAGAAUUAUCCUGCCAAGUAGUAGGAAUAGUGAAGCUAGUAGUAUUGUGAAAGAUGAGCAGGUUAAGAAGUAUAAAGUUAAGAUGAAGCCUCAACUGACACUUGAUGAUAUUGAUUCAUUGAGAAAGGACUUGGGUUGUGAAGAAUUGUCAACAGCACAGCCACUUGAAGCUCCUCUAAAGUUUCUGAUUCCCGUAUAAGAAGAGCUAAUUACCAAGUGAAAGGCUCUCCUGUGGAGUCAGUUUCCUCAUCUCCAAUGAGGACAUACAACUUGAAUAGUCUUUAACCCACUAGAAAGGGUGGUUUUGAGAAAGAUGAUGCUAAGUGCAGUGAUUUUGGAUUGGCAGGAAGCCCAAAAAAGUCUAUCAAUUUAUUGAGCAAUGGAUCUGGGCAAUCAAGAAAGGGCAACAGUUUCUUUCAUGCUGAGGCUUUUGAUAGUUCAUUGAUACAUCUUCA